ACAACGUUGCAUUCACGGUUUCGCCAGAAGAUGUCAAAACGUCCGUCUUAUUCGAUUUUAUUGUGGAGGGUGCGUCCGGAACUUGAAGAUGUAGGAGACAACUUGGCGCCGUGGUCAUUAGUGUUCCUGGAAAGUCUAAGGUCCUGUUUUUUUUAAUUCAGGGAUUUCUACGUUAGUAAUUGGAUUUGGUCCGAAAGGAUGAGCCCUUGAAGGAGAUGCGGGGUGGAAGACUUUUUCAGCUGGACGUUUAAAACGCGACGAUCCCUCCCGCCCGGUUGCUAUGGAGCAACCACCAGGGAGCUUGGAUGAUCUACAACCUCAGGACCUCUCCACCUCAAGCAUCUCCAGUGUGGUUGACCUGACCAGGAAAGGCAGCCUGAAUUUCAUGUCCUGCGAUGUCCACCACCUGCUACACAACCCGGACUGCCACCCAAACUCUGGAUUACCCUUAUCCUCAGAUGCCUCACACCAAUCAGCGGCUCAAAUUCAACAAGACAAUGCCUUGUCCCACACCACAGUGACCCUAUCCUAUGUGAGCAGGUCUCACAUUUACUCAACAUCUCAGCCUCUAACUGCUUUGCCGCCCAUCAGCAAAUUCUCCCUCCUCCCCGCUUGUGAGGCUGAGAAAGGGCUCGGGGAGACCACCUAUACACUUAACCAGCAUUACUUGGAACAUAUUGACACACCAGUGGACCUUGCUACCAAGGCUUUUCAUUCGUCGUCGAAGGCUCCAGAGAUCGAUGGAGAAUGUCUACCACAGCAGCAUUGUGAAUUAAUCGGGCCAGUAAGUUCGAGCACGACUAUCGGAGAGGAACACGUCCUUCCAGCAAGGGUGGAAAACAAUGAAGGGUUGGAGAAUGGACAAGAUGACAGCCGGUCGAAUUUAGGUGUGGGUCCUGAAUUGUCACCGGAGACUGACACGGCUGUCCUAAAGAACAAUGAGAGGAAGGGAAUCUCUGAGAUGCUGCUACAAUUAUCUAAAAAAAAGGAGCCAGUGGUUGUCCAGAACAAAGUGGCUGCAAUAGAGCCGUGCUCACUGACCAGGGACUAUAAAAGCCCUCUAGAAGACCCCGUCUCUCCCUCUGCUACCUCACUCGAGGAUGUGUUCAUGCUGCCCCAAGCCUCCAGCUCACCAAGCGGGGACCACUCUUUUCAAGCAUGGGAUGACUCAAUCACAGAAGGUGCCAUGCAGCUCAAGACUGACAUCGGCAACACUGCCGCAAGUUGCGAUUCAAGCGAUGAAAACAGGCUGCCUGUCCACACAAGGAAGUCAGAGCUGAAGCCAUCGGUCGACUUGGCAGAGGUUGGUCGUUUGUCAGGAAUUUCUGAGGACAAACACAAAACCGUUACCCCUCACAUGAACGACAAUGUCAGCGCGCUUCAGACAACUCUAAAGGAAAGAAAGCUGCCUUUGCGUUCAAAUAGAGGGGUUCGCUUACAAUCAUUUGUUAUGAAUAUAAAUUCAAGCAGUUAUAAAGUAUCAGGAUGCAUUAACACUAAUUUAGACUCUUCCAAAAUGACAACUCGGGAAUCUUAUGCAACAAAUCCAAAGAGGAUGGACACCUUGUCUGAUGGGAAAAGGAGAAGCAGAGUGAAAGCAAAACAGAAAGCACGAACCAGGCAUAAAAAAUGUCAAACCAAUAUCAUUAAACCUAAUCAAUGCAAAAACACUACCUCUAAUUGUGUUAAUAAUUCAAAAAAAUUGAACAGCAAAAGCUCUAAGUUUACAAAGAAUGUGCCAGACGAUGUUCCCUACCCUGGACAUUUGCCACAGAUGAGUCCUGUAAGGUCAAAGAGAAGACUGUGUUCAGCAUCAAAUCCUCAGUUUAAGAAAUCAAAGGAGCUUCCUGUACACUAUGAGCUGUUGCUGGAAACAAAUCGAGCAAGAUGUCCCCCACCAGCACCUAAAGAGUCUCCAAAGGAAAGCUCACGUUCAGCUGAAGGUCCGCAAAUAUUGCCAGCUGCAAAGACAAAGGUUGCUCGCACUCCCAAGAGACAACGGAAGAAGUGUAACCCGAGACCGUUUACUUCCCCCUUCGCUCCUAAGGAGCCUGAGAUCAAGUUGAAGUACAUCCACUACAAGGAGGAGAAAAAGGACUUGAGGGUCGAUAAUUUCUCCCCUUUCAUCCGUAUGCAUCGCCGGCAGUCAUCAGCAUCGCAAUGCACUGUAGUGAACUACCCAGAAAAGGUCAGGACGCAGCACAAAAAGGGCCAGAGAGAGCUACAGGAUCAUAACAGUAGCUUUAUUUCUGGAACUGUACCCAGCAGUUCCUGUCUCCAGCUGGGCCGGGCGUCCACUCAGGGUCAGCACCAGGGCCCCCUUGUCUGUUGCCUGUGUGGACUCUCUGCCAACGCCAUGGACUUGGGGGAUCUCCACGGUCCCUAUUAUCCCGAAGGAUACCGGCCGAGCGCCAAAACAUCGACGCGUUCGUCCGGCCUUAAAGGUGACAAGGACGAAUACAGCGAUUCAGAUUCUUCGUCCUGUAGUGUUGGCGGCAGGGGGAGGAAACAUGCUGCUCUACCCUCAUCCUGGAAGCACAGCCCAGCAAAUAAGUGGUGGCAAAAAGGCCUCCCGCCAAGCCGCCAGAGGACUGCUGACAACACCGGAAGCCCUGCGGCAAAACGUGCGCGUUCAGAAAUGUGGCCAACAGAUGUGGACGACUGGUACAGCCCCCCGGUGCUGCCCCUUGAGCCCUGUGAGUACUGGCUCCACGAAGACUGUGGCAUCUGGUCGACUGGCGUGUUCUUGGUGAAGGGCAGAGUCUAUGGCCUGGAGGAAUCUGUCAAAGUGGCCCAGAAGACGAUGUGCUCGGCCUGCUCUGCCCCAGGUGCGACGCUAGGCUGCUUCUUCAAAGGUUGUCCCAGCAAGUACCACUACAGGUGUGCUCUAGAGGCAGACUGUGUCCUCAUCGAAGAAAACUUAUCCAUGAAGUGUAAAAAGCACAAGAACAAGACAUUCAAAACCCCAGUGGGGAUGCACAGUGAUCCCAGGAGAAAAAGGCCCUCUUGACAUUUCGCCUGCCAAAUCGCGCGGGGGCCGGCUCGCCCUCUGGACUGUGCGGACCGGCAUCCUUGUUAUGGACAUCUUGCGCCCAGAAACCUUAACUCCUCCUUUCUGGUAGACUCUCAGAAAUUAUUGAUAUGGGUUUUUUUCUUUUCUCACACAACAAUCAAGAUAUUUAAUUCCCCCCAAAACAAUGUUGUAAAUAUUUGAUGAUAUUUGGUUGUAUUUAUUCAUUUCGCUGCUUUUGUCGGAGUGUUUUUAAGUUAUUGGUAAAGCCAGUUAAUCAUUUAACUAAGAAGCUGCGGCGGAUGUAAUGCUGAAGAGUGGAGCCACAUAAGGUUCCUUGAGUUAUAAGAAAUAUAUGCAUUUCAUUUUUUGUAAAACUACAGAACUACGUUCCGGUUCACAUUUUUAGAGGGAAGUAGUCACAGGAAUUUGAUUUGAAUGUAUCCUCCCCAUGUGUAUGGUUGGAAGCACUUUUUGCAUUGUCUGCAGUAUGAGUUGCACACGCACCCUCCUCUUCCAUCUUCUUCUCGUUCGCAAGGAAUGAGCGAGCGCCUCUCAGGCCGCAUUUGCACUGCCUGCUUCAAGUGACGCCAUUCACAAGUAAUGUACACUGGCUUCUGCUCCCCCCAAAAACGGAUUUUCUAUGAAUAGAAAUCAUGGUGAAAAUGUAGGCCAUGGGUGUCCAACUCAAGGCCCCGGGGCCAGAUCCGGCCCGCCGCAUCAUUUUAUGUGGCCCGUGAAAGCAAAUCAUGUGUGGCAACUUCCAUGAUGCUUUCUAAAAUCUGUACCAAAAUGUCAUAUAUAAUCGACAAUUAUGUUGAGAGAUUGCAUUUUUUGGGGUACCAAACCCCUUUUUAAAAUUAACUUGAACAAUAGUUGGACUAACUAUUAUCCUUGUCUUCUGAUUUCAAAACCACAGCCCCAAUUCCAAUGAAGUUGGGACAUUGUGUUAAACAUAAAUCCAAACAGAAUACAAUGAUUUGCAAAUCAUGUUCGACCUACAUUUCAUGAACUACACGACAAAGACAAGAUGUUUGUUUGUUUGUAUGUGCCCUGCGAUUGGCUGGCAACCAGUUGAGGGUGUACCCCGCCUCCUGCCCGUUGAUAGCUGGGCUAGGCUCCAGCAGCCCGCGACCCGCGUGAGGAGAAGCGGCUCAGGAAAUGGAUGGAACUUCAUUGCAAUUGGGAUUGCCAAUAGGAGGAGGCGAUAAAAGAUGUUCGGUGGUUUCACUGUCAUAAUGACCCUCUGAGGGAAAUCGUAACUCAAACGUGGCCUAUUUGAAAAUUGAGUUUGACACCCCUGACAUUGGCUCUCAAAUAUAAUGCUGCUUUCCAGUUGUGUCCAUCCUUCAAUCAUAAUUGAUGACAGCAGCCAGUGAAGUAAUGUGGAGGUGACCCUCAUUUCAAUAAAUGGCUGCGAGAGUCAUCCUUAUGCAGUUGCUUCAGGUGUUCCACAAAUUGCUUACUUGUCAUUAAGUUGAAAUAGACAGUCGGAAAUAAUCGGAUGCAGGCAUUACGUCGUCACAAUCGGGCACUUGGACAUGCAGUGUAAUUCCAGCCGCAGUUACGAGACUAUUGUCUUGAGAUUUUAUUUAUUUUCUAUCCGGCUCAAAGCACUUUGGGAGUGUGACAAGGCUUCUUGUUUUGUGUUGUCAUUGAUUGUGAAUCCAAUGGAGGGAAACAGGUUUGUGUUUUGUUUCUAAAUACAUGAAAUAUGUUUUAAGAUAAGCGCAGAAAACGUGCAAAGACUAAGAAUUUAGUACUGAAUUGUUGCGAUGCAGUCCCCUCCAAAUCCCUUUGUUUUUGUUGUAUACUGGAGACGUUUGGAUUUCGAUUUUUCAAUUUCAAAAUUGAGAAUUCCAGCUUUUGUUUCAUGGCAUCUACGUGGUAAUCAACUCAGGACAGCGCCCCGUUUGUUUGAAGCCCCCCACUUUUCAAGUGAGCAAAAGUAUUGGAACAGACAUGAGUCAAUGAACUUGGUGAAUAACAUUGAAUAUUUGGUGGCAUAACGCUUCCUUUGUAAUAACUGCAUGUAGCCUGCGACCCGUCGACUUCACCAGACUGUUGCGUUCUGGAAUUCUGAACUUUUGCCUCUUUUGAUCUGAAACCAAAAUGUCUUCUGUAUCGAACGAAAACAAAGGAGUCGACCUUGCCGUUCGUUCCGAUACUUCCGGAGGGGACUGAAUGGCGUCAAACUCUUUUCCACCAUUUCAGUUGUACGGAUUUUUUGGGUGGGGCUAAAACGGGGUCCCGGUACGCACUUGGGCUUCCGGCCUGAUUAGGCCCUCCCCCGCUAUACAAGUACCGAGCGCCUUCCGUGGCUAUUCGGUGCUAUCGGGACUUGCUUGGCGGAUUUCUACCACUACAGCAGGGCUACAGCGUGUCUUGCUAUGCCUGCCCGCGCGUACACGGCGGAUAGCGAAACAUUAACACAAACUUGGCAAAUUUGUUCACACGCUUCUCUGGCGUGUGUCAAAUUUACAAGACAUUUUUAGUGGGUUUACAGGAUCUUUAAAAGUCCUGUUCUACAAAUUCAAUAACUCCCUCUAUUUGGUCAAAAAACAAAAAACUCAAGUUUACAUGAAUUCAUAUUUCAAAAGGUAAGAAUUGCUGCUCUUAUCCACUGUAGUUUUAUUCAUUGACUUGCAAGAUGCAGCGUGGUACCUCUUAAGCCUUAUGGGACGUGCUAAAGGCACACACUCGGUUUGCAGUCCAGCGACAAAUCGGAUCUGCUACGGGCAGCGUUGUGCUGCGCGAGAGCCAACGUUUGCGGUUGCGUUGUUCGCUGAAAAACAAAACAAAAACAAAAAAACAAACCUCUUUCAUUCGUGCCAUGUCUCUGUUCUGUUUGCAUACUUUGACUGUUUUCCGAGGGUCACACGACAGCGCAAGCGUCGUUUUUGUUGUUGUUGUUGUUCGGAUUGUACAAUACAGAUUUUAAUGAUGUGCAAUUAAUUUGAAACCUUGCUAAUAUGUUGCCUGUGUGUGUUUAUCUCAGGGCUGAACUGAUUUAUUUUUGUGGGGUUAAUGGACUGGAAUGACAAGAGACCUCUAUUUCUGGUCCAGACAUUCCAACACCACCUUGUACCUGUCGUCGUUUGAGUUUUAACAAUGGACUGCGAGGCGUGCCACUUUUCUUUUUCUUUUUUUUUUUCACUGUCAUCUUUAUUAUUAUUAUUAUUAUUAU